GGGAGGUUCCCGCCCUCAGCGCGCAGCCAUGGGGCAGCUGUCGGCACGCUGCCUGCAGAGCCGCCUUAGGUAGCCGGAGCGCGGCGUGUGUGUGUGUGUGGCCAUGGCCGGCUGGUGGCGAAGGCUGAGGGGGCGCCUGGGCGGCGGCCUCGCCUGCUGCUGCCUGCUGCUGCUUUCUGCCUCGGCGCUGGCCUGGGCGGCCGAGGAGGAGGCGGCGGCGGCGCGCGCGCAGACCUUCCCUCAGCCGCUCUCCAACCUGGCGGCGAGCGCGCGGCGCUUGCUGGUGGCCAGCGGCAAUCGCUGGUACGAAGUGGAGCCCUCGCUGGCCUGGGCGAAGGAGCACCGCAGCAGCCCGGCGUUCGACUCGGGGACGACGGUCAACAAGCUCCUGCUGCCCUUCGGCGACGACCGCCUGCUCACCUGUUGGACGCAGCCGCAGGGCUCCUGCUACGAGGAGCGCCUCGGCGCCGACGCCAACGCCACCGUUUUCGGGCGAGAGGUGGUGACCUGCUUGCGGAAUGGCUCCGCCGCCGGGUGGAUCUACGCCCGCGGCUCCGAGUGGCGGCUGGUGGUGGCCACGUCUCGCCGACUGCACGAUUCCAGAGACUUGGAUCCAGAGUGCCUCGCAGAGGGCGACUCCAAAGUGGCCGUCGCUCUCCAAGAGCGCCAGAAGGCGGUCCCGGAGGACCACCGGCUGCUGGUGGACGACGGCUGCUACUUGCACUUCGCGGACGCGUUCCUGUGGAGCGGGCAGUUCUUCUUUCCUUAUUAUCACUACAGCCUCAGCAUGGAGCCCAAGAUGCUCGUGGCCAACCAGAUGCCGGCAAACCGGUUCUUCGGCCACGGCCAGGCCAUCUUGCGCUGCGGCGGCGGCGGCUUCACCCGGAGGAUCCUCUCUUCCAACUACGUCCAGGAGCGCGGGCUCUGGGUCGGCGUCUUCGGCUCGGCCGAGGGUCCGGCCACUCCGACCUCCACGGCCCUUUGCAUCUUCAACCUCAGCCAGGUGUCGAGCGUUUCGGAGGGAUGCGCCCUUGGCGAUUCGAACACGAUCUGCGCACACGAGCCUGCGGAGACAUGUAAGAAGAUAGCUUGGCCAAUCAACAAUGCAACUUUGCUGAGCCACUCUGAUUUGGUGUCAGUUUAUGCCACUGUGGUUUUGAACAAGAUUGUUUUGUUUUUGGGAACAAGAAAUGGACAGUUGCUGAAAGUUAUUCUUGAUGAAAACAUGAAAGCAAAUUGCCCAGACAUUUUAUAUGAAAUUGAAGAAGAAACACCAGUUUUUCACAAACUUGAACUUGACCCUGUGAAUAAAGAUUACAUCUAUCUACCAUCUGGUAACAAGAUCUGGAGAACAAAGGUUGCCAAUUGUAGCAAGUAUAUUUCCUGUAAAGAAUGUUUAACUGCCAUGGACCCCCACUGUGGAUGGUGUUAUUCAUAUAACAACUGCACUUUAAAAGGUGAAUGCCCAGUUUCAAAUAACAUAAUGAACUGGACAAGCAUUCCAUAUGGAACAGAUAAAUGCCUGAAAAUCUACACAUCUAAGCAUUACAGAGGUGAGAUUUCUGUAACUGCAGUUGGAAAUUCUGAAGGGCCAUUCACUUGCAAAGUUAUAGAUGUGAAUACCAAAAAAAUUCUUUGUGAGAAUGUGAAGGAAGACGUCAUGAACUGCUCUUGUCAUCUUAAGGCGGCUGAUCUAGUUGGAAAGGUUGCUCAAGUACUCCUCAUCUCUGGUUCACAGACUUUAUCAGAAAUAUUUAAAUAUGACUGCUCAUUAGAGAAAACAUGUUCAGAAUGUGUGUCUCGUGCUGGUUGCACCUGGUCUACUAGAGAGAACAAAUGUGUCUCCUCUACCAUGACUUGUACACAAAAGGUUGACUGUGAUUCAGUUACUACCAGUGCUUCAGAUGGGAAAGAUAUUUCACAGAGACCAGAGCCCAUGCACAUUACGUCCAUUGAACCAAUGUGGAUAUCAACAUUAGGCAGCAGUGAAGUACUAGUCAGAGGAGAAAACUUUUCAAAUGCAGAUGUUUUGAUGGAAAUGACUGGAACCAGUAGCUGCAAAUCAGAGGAAAUAUUUGUCACUAAAGUGUUAAAUCGCACACACAUGAAAUUCUGUUUACCACCAAGUCGCAAAGAAGCCAAGAGCAUAUGUAUAAAGAAAAUUGGCUUUCCGUGUUCACUCCCUGUGACACUGUCUUACGUCUCUCUCCCUGCAUGUACUGAAAUAUUUCCAAAUGUCACCUGGAAGAGUGGAGGUCGCAACAUGACUAUACGUGGGAGACAUCUAAAUGUCACAGAAAUGGUUUCUGUUUUAGAUGGAGGGGGACAAAACUUGGCAAAAUUUACAUGCCGCAGUGACAGAUCUGAGUGUAAUUUUACAACACCAGCUGUUAAUACUGAGAAAAGUAAUGUAAAAGUUGUUCUAAAAGUUGAAACGAAAAAUAUACCUUGCAUUGAAUUUGGAUAUGAACCUGACCCUGAAUUUAUUCACUAUGAACUGACAACUGAUAUGCAUCCUGCCUUGGAGUUAAAAAUACAUAAAAAAAAUGAUGGGUUAAAUAUUUCUAAACGUGAGAUUGCCGUUUUUAUGUCCUGCAUGGCUGCUGAGAAAUUGCUAAACAUAACUUUCACUGUUCAAAAUAUUUCGCAAACGGAAAGUCGCAGCACUAUUUACUGCAGAGCCCAACAGACAUCCAAUGACAAGAUCGAUACAUCCAGCGUGAAGGUUUAUGUCAAGCUGGGAAACUUUAAGCAAGAAGUUCCAAAAGAAGCACACAACUAUUCAUAUUUGACCCUUCUUUUGUUAAUCCCCAUAGUCAUUGCUGUUGCAAUUUUCGUGACCCAAAGAAAAUCCAAGCAGUUGAACCGUAAACUGAGUGAACACCUGGAGCUUUUGGAAUGUGAACUCCGCAAAGAAAUACGUGAAGGCUUCGUAGAGCUGCAGAUGGAAAAAUUGGAUGUGGUUGAUAGUUUUGGAACGAUCCCCUUCCUUGACUACAAACACUUUCUUAUUCGAAUUUCCUUCCCGGAGGCUGGAGGCACGUCGUUUAUCUUGAUUGAAGACUCCAGUGAACCCCUUAGCAGAAAUCCUGAGCAGAAGGAUGAAAGCAUUACAGCAUUGUACGCCUUAAUUUGUAACAAGCAUUUUCUUGUUACUCUGAUUCAUACGCUUGAAAAACAGAAAACCUUCUCUGUAAAAGACAGAUGCUUGUUUGCAUCAUUCUUGACGAUCGCACUACAAACAAACCUAGUCUACUUAACCCAUAUUCUAGAGGUCUUGACAAGGGAUUUGAUGGAACAGUCUAGCAAUAUACAACCGAAGCUGCUGCUAAGGCGUACAGAGUCGGUGGUAGAAAAACUGCUGACAAACUGGAUGUCUGUUUGCCUCUCUGGUUUUCUUCGGGAGACAUUUGGGGAUCCAUUCUAUAUGCUUGUGACAACCCUAAAUCAAAGGAUAAACAGAGGCCCUGUGGAUGUAAUAACCUGCAAGGCCUUGAACACACUAAAUGAAGACUGGUUACUGUGGCAAGUAACUGAAUUCAAUACAGUGGAAUUAAAUGUUGUCUUUGAAAAUAUCCCACAAAGUGAGUGUGAAGGCACUUUUCAGACAAUUCAAGUUAAUGUCCUGGAUUGUGACACCAUAGGGCAAGCCAAAGAGAAGAUCUUGCAAGCCUUUCUGAACAAGAAUGGCUCUCUUUAUGAUCUUCAGCUCAACGAAAUGGCCUUGGCUCUUCAGUCAGGUGCACAAACAACCGAACUUUUGGACAUAGAUAGUUCCUCUGAGAUUCUGGAAAAUGGAAUUACCAAGCUGAACACCAUACGACAUUAUGCGAUUUCAGAUGGAGCAACUAUUAAAAUCUUUAAGAAAAAACCGGAUCUAUCAGCAUGUUUCUCAGAUGGGGAAUACCCAAACGACUAUUGCCAUCUGAUAUUACCAGAUUCCGAAGCAGCCAAAGAUACACAGGGUGCAAAACACAAAGGAAAACAAAAAUUUAAAGUGAAGGAAAUGUAUCUUACUAAACUUCUUUCUACAAAGGUUGCGAUUCACUCAGUUGUUGAAGAGCUGUUUAGGAGCAUUUGGACUUUACCAAACAAUAAAGCCCCAGUUGCUGUCAAGUAUUUUUUUGACUUCUUGGAUGCUCAGGCUGAAAAUAAGAAAAUUACAGACCCUGAUGUGGUCCAUAUAUGGAAAACUAACAGUCUUCCUCUUCGCUUCUGGGUGAAUAUACUGAAGAACCCUCAAUUUGUCUUUGAUAUUAAAAAGACUCCACAUCUUGAUGGCUGUUUGUCAGUAAUUGCACAAGCGUUUAUGGAUGCCUUUUCUCUAUCAGAGCAACAACUGGGAAAGGAAGCACCAACAAACAAACUUCUCUACGCGAAAGAUAUUCCACUUUACAAAGAAGAGGUUAAAGCUUUCUAUAAAGCAAUUAGGGAUUUACCUUCAUUGUCCACUUCGGAGCUAGAAGAAUUUUUAACUCAGGAAUCUAAGAAACAUGAAAAUGAAUUUAAUGAGUCUGCAGCCUUGACUAAAAUUUACCACUACAUAGCAAGAUAUUACGAUGAUAUACUGAAUAAAUUGGAGAAAGAACGAGGGCUGGAAGAAGCACAGAAGCAGCUGCUGUAUAUAAAAGCCUUAGCUGACGAAAAGAAAAAAUGCAAGUGGAUUUCAGAUGAAUCAACUGCUCCUUUACUAAGCUAGUAUGAACUUUAAAAACUGCUACUGCAUUCAAAGCAUCAAGUUCUCCUCAAGCAUUAGUAGUCUACAGCAACUGUAAGUCCAGAUGGGAAUGAGCAUCGCUAGCUGCACCGAAGACCGCAUCUCAGAGAAGUCUGGAUAAACAUUACAUUGUUGAUGUAAAUAUGCAGCCAUGCGCAUAGGACUGGAAGCUUGCUGCCAUGUGCAGAUUUCCCUUGCCAGAUCAAAGCCACUAUGGGAAGCAAGAUGCUGCACUCAAUAGACCUUCGGUCUGAUGCACCAGGGAGAAUCUUACAUUAAGUAAUUUUGGCAAUGUUUUAACCACUUUUGAUGUGGGGGUUUUUGUUGUUUUUUUCAACUUUUUUUAAAAAAGGCCCUGAGCCACAAAUCUAUAAAAACAACCUGCUUGCAUUUCAUUUUCAGCACAGUGCUCCAAAGGCCCACUUGCCAAAAUGAUUUCCUUACCUCAUUUAACUGAGACAGCCUCCUUCUCUAAGUUCCACAUGAGCACAAACAUGCAGUAUGUUCCAGAUGCUUGGGUGCGGCAGCCUUAAGAAGCAUAACCACUGGAUCUAGGAGGCCCAGCCUGCUGAAGUCAUUUGCAGCCUUCCAAGAAAAUAGUUUGUAACCGACGUGGAAUGAUAUGGGACACUUUACAUACCUUCUUGUGGAGAAGCAUGCAGAAUGGAUUGGCUGGCUCACAUCCCACUGGAAUUUUCAAUUGCUAUAGCUGUGUCCAGCAUUAUGUAUGUUCUAAACAUUUCUUCCCCCUGCAUAGACAAUAGAUAAGUUUCAAAACAAACUCAGGGACCACUAAGUAUUAAGGUAUUUUUAAUUGACUCUUCUGAGGCAGAAAAGGGUGCUCUUGAUUUUUUUUGUACCUGCAGUUGUUUAUAUUUUUUUUAAUGGUAAAUGGAAGGAUUAUAAAAAUAAAUUCUACAUAGCUUUGCAAGUACAUGCAUCACGUUUUCCAGCUGGGGUAGCUACAGUAGUACACACAAGCUUUCAUGGCCCACCGUCCAUUUUAGCAGAAGCAUGAAGUGUUAUGCCGAGUUGGCAGGUUAGAAAUGCUAGAAGUGCAGACUGUGACAAUCAAUGAAAUUAAUACAACUAUCUUGGCAUUGGGAAGCAAAUUAGCAGGUCACUUCUGCAGGCAAUACAAAUGAAUGGGAAGAGUCACAAACAGUGGUCAACACUAUAGGAUAGUUGUCUUACCAGGAACAAUGCAGGUAUUUUUUCAUGACGGAACUGCUUUGUAAAGUGCACCUCUGAUAUUAACCUCUACCUUAGCUUAUGAAACUCAUGUAGGUGUCAAGCUGUGUUGUUGCUUGUAGAACCUUUGAUUGGCUUGAUAACCGUAGUAUCUUGCAUCAGUCAGAGGAACUAAAUAGUGAAAUGAAAUGAAGUAUUUGUGACAAUCUGCAGAUGAAAGCAUAUUAUAACACUUAUUGUAAACUGCGUAAAACAAUCAAAACUUAUUUUCAGACGUAUGCAGGUAAAUAUUUCAUCUGAUCAUGAUACAUCUAAUAACUCCUCUUCUAUGAAAAUGACGUUUGUAUAAAAUGCAUUGAUGAAAAAUACAUUGGAUAUUUACAUGAGAUGUUUAUUUCAAAUACAAAGUAUUUGUUGUUUACUUU